CGUCCCCAAACUUUUCAACAUGCAGCAGCAUGUGAUAAUGCCUUUCCUCCUCACAGCCACAAAGUCAUGAUCUAGGCUACAUUCUAUAAAUAUAAUUAGCAGUGAGUAGUUUUCUCACAGACUCAUAUUUUUGACACUCCAAUAGUGAAACUGAUGAAGAUAGGUCAGGAGCAGCAACAGCUUUUCAAGUUUCUUCUCUGGAUAUCUCUUGCGUGUUCCUCUCUUCACUACGGGUUAGGGACAAAGUGUGAGACGAAAGCUCCUGCAAUCCAACAGACUCAGGUGGGUUAUGGUUACCCUCCAACAUUUAUGGUGCAAGUGUACAACAGCUGUCCUAUGUGCCCAGUUAUCAACAUUCACUUGAAAUGUGGAAGCUUUCCUCAAGCUCUUGUCAAUCCCAGGCUUCUUAAAGUGUUAGCUUUUGAUGACUGUGUCAUCAAUGGAGGCUUGCCUUUGGCCCCUCUGCAAAAGUUCUCAUUCAAUUACUCCCAUCAACAGUAUCUCUUGCACCCAGCUACUUGGUACUUCCAGUGCGAGUGAGAAUUAUCUGAUCCACUAUAUAAGACUAGAUAGCUAUGGCAAUUUUCAGACUCGUAUUCUCUUCUUUUUGCUGGUUAAAAAUGUGAAUGGAAAUCGGGAUCACAAUGUCAUUUACUAGAGUUUGAUCUCCUAA